UAAUAAUAUCAGUACCUUUUCACUGAUCUCUUGUGGUGGGUUGAUUCUUGUCUCAAAAAUAAAAAGCUUAAUGUUAAGGUCAUAGUAGACCCUGUACCAUUGUUUGGAGUAGAAGUGGCUUACGCAAAUUAACAAAAAGGAUCCUAACAAAUUGAACAAAUACCCUACCACCAUUAAGCAGAACAAGGAAUUGACCUACUUUCCCCAGAGUUGAGCUCUAUGAUAUAACGGCGUCUCUGCAACUCAUACAAAUUCAAGGGAUGAAGGUAAUGCACUGACAAAUAACAGGACUUCCAGAGCCUCCAAAUCAGUCUCAAGACGGUGAGAAAUACAUUUGCAAACUUCUAUGUUAUGCAUUUCAAUGUCACCAUUUUCACUGUACUCUUUUUCUUGCAGGUUACCACUGCUAAGACUGGUGUGUCUUUGUGCAGUGCUGGGAUACUGCUCUGUAGUUGCUGAUCUGAGUGACUGUGAAGCGGUGGGAAGUAAAUGUCACACCCAUGCCGAGUGUCUCAAGGCUAAAGGCAAUAGCUUUGUAUGUGUGUGUCGGUUUGGCUACCAUGGAGAUGGACUACUGUGUGUGGACAUUGACGAGUGUGUUACCGGCCUCCACGGCUGCCACCCAAAGGCCCGUUGCUACAACACACUGGGCAGCUACAGCUGUGUGUGUCUGGAUGGCUACUUCGGCGACGGAGUCCAAUGUGAGGAUGUCAACGAAUGCCAGACGAAGAACGGCGGCUGCCACGCCAGUGCCCUCUGUACGAAUAGAGAAGGAGGGCGAGACUGCAAGUGCAAGGGAGGCUUCAAUGGCAAUGGGUUUCAGUGCACGGACCUUGACGAAUGCACAAACAGUGGCAUCUGCCAUUGGAAUGCCACCUGUAUUAACAACCCUGGCUCCUAUGUGUGCACCUGUAACACAGGCUAUAAGGGCAAUGGGAACUACCUGUGUCUGGAUUUAGAUGAGUGUUCAGAGACUCCCAGUGUAUGCUCGGCCUCCUUUGGCUACAAAGGCUGUAAGAACCUGCCUGGAUCGUACCAAUGCACCUGUAGUAUUGGUUACCAGAGCAAUGGACAAACCUGUGAGGACAUUGAUGAGUGUGCUGGUAACAUCUGUAGUUUCUAUGCUGACUGUGUCAACACGCUGGGCUCGUACCGCUGCACCUGCUUCGAUGGAUUCAAUGGGAAUGGGCUGGCGUGUAGGGACAUCAAUGAGUGUAAUGGGGAGAAUACAUGUGACCCCAACGCUGCCUGUAUCAAUGUGCUGGGCAGCUAUGACUGCUCCUGCCGCACCGGAUUUCUAGGGGAUGGAAGGAAGUGCACCGACAUCGACGAGUGCGCCACCCUUAAUAUCUGCCCUGCUUCGGCCGCGUGCGUCAACACCAGGGGGUCGUUCUACUGCGACUGCGGCACGGGCUACAUCUUUAACGACUCCAAGUGCAUGGACCUGGAUGAGUGUACCAUCGGGCGCUGUAGCCCCUUCUCCACCUGUGCCAACUUCCCGGGCUCCUUCACCUGUGAGUGCAGGGCAGGGUACAGGGGCAACGGCAUCACCUGCGAAGACUUGGACGAGUGCUCCUUGGCACAGCAGUGCCACUCCAAUGCCCUCUGCACCAACCUUGCGGGCACGUUCAACUGCAGAUGCCAGGUAGGCUACUCCGGGGAUGGGGCGAUCCAGUGCGCGGACGUGAACGAGUGUCUGGUGGACAACGGAGGCUGCCGGAAUAAAGCCACCUGUGUCAACAGUAAAGGUUCCUUCUCCUGUCUGUGUCCUCCUGGGUUCAACCUGGUCAACCGCACCAUAUGCCAGGAUAUAGACGAGUGCCAGGCCAUGGAGAAGCCAUGCCACCUCAAUGAACACUGCUCAAACACUGAGGGGGCGUAUGAGUGCCCCUGCCGGGUGGGUUUUGCCCGCCCCACAGCGACCACGGUCUGUACGGAUAUCGACGAGUGCAAAGUGAACAACCCCUGCCACGUCAACGCCACAUGUUUGAACACAGUGGGCUCCCAUACCUGUACCUGUAAGCACGGAUUCAUAGGCAAUGGCUCCAGGUGUGAGGAUGUGAACGAGUGUGCUGAAGAUGGCACAUGCCACUCACGGGCACUGUGUGCCAACAUACCCGGGGAUUUCUCCUGCUCCUGCCAGCAGGGCUUCUUUGGGGAUGGCUUCCGGUGCCAGGAUGUGGAUGAGUGUGCCCUUUCCAACGCCGCCACCUGUCCCCCCAUCUCAAAGUGUGUCAACUCCCCCGGAGCCUACGUCUGCUCGUGUAUGAACGGCACAGUGGCCUAUAAUGACACCUGUGUCGCCCCCAGUCCCCGGUGUGCCCCUGCCUGCCACCGUCAUGGGCUCUGCCACCCCUCGCCCGCUGGCUUCCAGUGUGUGUGUGACCUAGGCUUUGAGGGGGAUGGACUCGCCUGUUCGGAUAUAGAUGAGUGUCAGAAGAAUGUGUGCCCUCAGAAUGAGACGAAGUGUGUGAAUAUCCCAGGCUCUUUUUCCUGUCUCUGCAAAGUGGGCUACAGACAGAACGGGACAAACUGCGUUGAUGUGGAUGAGUGUGCGUCUGGAGACAAGAAGUGCAGUGAGUUUGCCCAGUGUGUGAACACAGUAGGGAGUCACCUCUGUUUCUGUCUCAGUGGCUUCACUGGCGAUGGGAAGAACUGUUCUGAGAGCGAUUUGUUCCCGUUUGGUGACGAGGUGGGAGAUAUAAGAGUGUGGUUGGACACAAAAGAUGGGAACUCUCCUUACAUCACACCACCUAUGGGUUUCCCCUUCAUAGGCAAGCUGUACGAUCGGGUCUAUUUCUCAGAUAAUGGACUCAUUCAGUUCCAGUCUAUUAGUCAGAACGAGCAGUUCCUGCUUCCUGUCCCUUUCCCUACGGGUUUCCAUGGCAAUGAGAGCCUGGCAAUGCUGGCCGUGUUCUGGGACGAUGCUGACCUCACCCUCGGGGAGGGGAAGUUGUUCUAUCAGGAAUACCACAAGCUGAAUAUGUCAGAUAGAUAUUCCCAAAUUGUCUUCAGCCGUACAGCGGACGAUGUGACGCGGUUUGAGGAACGGAACGACAAACCUGCCUUCACCCCAGCCUGGAUUCUAAAGAUCACUUGGGAUCAUGUGAUGGCUGUCUCCUAUCAGAAAAUCAACCACUCUGAGACUAACACCUUCCAGUGCAUCCUGACUUCGGACGGAGUGCGCUCCUUUGCCCUGCUACGCUUCGGGGAAAUGUACUGGGGUCCUGGCCAGAGGAUCCACCAUGACGCCCUCACAGGCUACACCGACGGUGGAGCCCACUUUUUCAACGAGACCACGAAUUCAACGAAUCUGUUUGGCCCAGGGGGGCGGUAUAGGCCUCAGGAGGUGAGGGGGAACACAGGUAAACUGGGUCAGCUGGUGUAUGACCUGACAGGGCCCACAGAGCGUGAACAGGACCCCAAGAUGAGGUGCCAGGUGUGGGCCCUAAAGGAGCCUGAGCCGAAGGAGUGGGCCAAGGGGGUGUCAUCGUGCCCCUGUACCCGCGCCCAAGCACUGGAGGACUUGGCCUUCGGGCCUGAGACCCUGCCCCCCAACCAGCAGGAUCGGGUACGGGUGAGGGAGCUACGGGGGCUGCGCUGGGGGGGCAGUGGGGGUCACGUAUUCCAGUCCAUCCUGUCCAAUCGGCACGGCUCAGGGAAGAGAUGUGUGUAUGACCCACAAGGUCCCCUGUUGGCUGGAUACAGUGAGCGCUACUUCUCUGGAGCCACUGCACAGAAACACAUAGAUGAGGAUCUCCUUCCGUUCCAGUGGUGUUGUAUCCAGUCUCCUCUGUGCCACCUCUAUCUGGCCAAGAGACCCCUGGACCGUUGCCAAGGUUACGGCUGGGUGAGCCGCGACUGCUGCAUAACCGCAGCCAAGGCAACACAGGGCAUCGGCAUGGUGUACGGCAGCCUUCAUUUCAUCACAUUCGAUGGGACUGAGUACUCCUUCAAGGCCCUCGGCGAGUUUGUCAUUGUGCGCCUCUCCUCCUACACGGGCUCCAAUAUCUUCACGCUGCAGGGUGAGACCUGCGAGCUGGAGACGGACGGACAGGCUAGACGGGUCCCCACGGUGGUGAGGAUGGCUGCUUUUCACCAGGGCAUCGGCAAGGUCGAGUGGCGGUGUGCAGAGUCGGGAGAGGGACUGGAGGUCCUGGUGGAUAAUGUGAAGGUCCCAGUCUUUGUCGGUGUGGUGCACAUGGGCAAGGAGGGUUUUGCUGUGCGCUGUACCUCGGCCAGUAGCUGUGCGGCAGUGUACGCCGGGGGGCUCCACGUGGUGGUGUGGAGGGUGGGUGGAGGUGGAGGUGGUGGUGCACAGCAGUUGGCCGCCCUGGUGGAGGUCCCCCAGACCUUCUACAGCCGCACCGUGGGCCUGCUGGGCUUCUGGAGCUCCAACCGCACCGAUGACUUCCUGCAGUCUGACGGGAAGCUGAUGAUCUCCCCCAAGAAUAACCCUCCCCCGGAGGAGAGCCUGCGCCAAUUUGGCCUGUCCUGGGCUGUGCCUGUUCCAGAGAGCCUGCUCUUCUCCAUCCCACCCCCUGGUCGGUUUACUCCAGCCUCGACAGAGGAGCUGAUGUCAGUGAGUCCAGCUGUACAAGACAGACUGAGGAGGACAUGUCAGGGCAGUUUGCAGUGUGUUCAUGACAUCCUGGCUUCUAACGACACUGGACUGGGUUUGCAGAGUCUGGAGUCCCAGGAGCUGUACCACAAGCUGGCUAUGGUGUUUGGGAACAUGCCUCCCAUUGUGACUGAGCCCACGGUGAUCCGUUGUAAGGUCAAAUCCACUGUUCGCGUGCAGAUCAGCACUCAAGACACCAACCUAGACCCUAUAAGCUUCUCACUGCUCUUCCCCAGACCACCACAAGCAUCUGUUGGGAAAAGUGAUGGCAUAUUGACCUGGACACCACUCAACAUCCAGCCUGUCUACCUGACCAUCAGAGUUGAUGACCAGCUGUUCAGCUCUCAGUUCACCCCCAUCCUGCAGGUGUGCAACUGCCUCAACGGUGGCACCUGCCAAUAUAACAGCAUAGUGGACAACCAUCUGCAGGGGAGAUUUCUGGUGGUAGGGUGUCUGUGCCCUAAGGGUUUCAGUGGGAAAUUCUGUGGGAAUACCACCGACGUGUGUAAAGGGAAGCCUUGCUUCCCAGGAGUGCAGUGCCAGUCUCAAUCCCAGGGAGAGCCAGACCAGUUCACCUGUGGAGAGUGCCCCUCACCCACCAUCUACGGGGACAAGCAGGGAUACAAGUGCUUUGAGAAUGACUUCUGCCUCCCUCCCUUCCCCUUUCCCUGUCACACGAUGGCCGACUGCCUCAGCUCAGGGCACAACUACACCUGCAGGUGCAAGCCUGGCUUUACUGGGGACGGACGCAACUGCACAGACAUAAAUGAGUGCCUGGACCCAUCGGCCUGUCGUAACGCCAAGUUUGAGUGUGUGAACACGCCAGGGUCCGUCCGAUGCUCCUGUCGCUACCAGAGCACUGAGGAAACCGAUGGCUGUGGGGACUCUGCCAAUCCACCAGGGUUCAAUGUCUUCAACGUGUCCUUGGGCUGGAGGAACCAGGGGUCUGGAGGAGAGGGACUGAGGCAGCUGGAGGAGAUUCUGUCAAUGGGCUUCCAGAACAAGUUCUACAACGCUGUGAUGAAACGGCCGAUGCAGGGCUCAGGUCUGGAUGAGUACAGGAUCAACGUGUCCAGUGACACACCCCACUGGUACAUCAGAGACUACCUGACCCGCGUCAGUGCUUACUACGGCAUCAAAACCGCUGAAGUCGGAGACUUGGAUGAGUGUAAAUCAAAUGAGGCUGUGUGUAGGCAACCUGCCCUUUGUGCCAACACUUACGGAGGGUACAGGUGUGUGUGCAACGGGACCACCGACGUCGACUACACCCAAUCCUGCAUUUUAGACAUGGGGGGUUUGAACAGGACGGGGAUAGCCGUGGCCCAGACGGCGGAGGAUAAGAAGCCCCUGAUCCUGGGCCUGGUUUUAGGCAUCGGGAUCCCUGUCCUCCUGCUACUGUCUGCCCUCGCCUGCUUCUGCUGUUCCCGCAAGAAGACCAUCACAGGAGAAAUUCCUCAAUUGUUACCAGAAUAUGUUCGGGAGCAGUACAACCCUCCGCCCUUCAACUACUCGGACCCGGCUCUACACUACAACGUCCACGUCAGCCCUCGCGUCAUCGACGACCUUACACCCGGGAAGCGUCGCAGUACAAACUUCACACACGCUUAACAGCGCUAUUAUGAUUGCGCAUGUAAAAAAAUAAAACAAAGUCAAUAUAUUAUUUAUACUGUAAUAACCAAUUGCUUAAAGCUGAGGGACUUUCAAAGUCCAAUGUAUUUCAGAAAAGAAGAAGUGGACACAGAAAUUGAUACGGAGAGAAACAAUGCAUAUCUCGUGAUGUGAUUCUGACGAGCACUCCUAGCAAGUACGUCGAAGUAAAGGCUGGACGGCUCUGGGCGAGGGAACUUAAUAAACCAGUAAACAAACAGAGCCAUUCAUGUGCCUUACGUAUUUCCCAUGUGAAACCUAAUGCUUUCUGUUUAUAUAUAUUUUUUUUAAAUCAUAGUUAUUAUAUUCAUGUGUAAAGCACAUUUGUAUUAAUAUCACAGAGUGAGCGUCGCCACAUAUUUGUACAUGCAACGGAUUAACCCAGAGAAGAUUGUAGUAAUUUGAUUUAUCAGACAACAUGUUGUGGGGUCCUCUUCUUAACCUUCAGUCCAUCAGCGGUUGUACUUUAGAGCAUAAUGUCUUUUUGGUUAUGAAGAUACUGAGAACAAACAAGAAGCACUUGAAUCCAAUUCAAGGUUUUCAUAAUGGCGGUAAGAGUAGUAUACACCUAGCAUACAAACUUUGUCAUACAUGGGUCUCAAACACCCUUAUAUCAGUUAUGAACGGUCUGUCACCGUUAUCCUGAGUGGAGAGCUCAAAAACAAAACCUCAUAUCGAUCUACAAGACCAGAGAGAGUCAGCGGCUACAGAGAAGUCGCAGUCGAUGGCUGGGAUGGCGAGGCAUCGGUGAGACGCGUUAAAUGGAGAGUGAACCGUGCUGUCGGCCUCUGGAGGACCUGCUCAUCUCCCCCUGUUGACCACAUCCUCCCUCUGCUCAAGCCAUGUGGUUCCCUCUUGACUGUCGCUCCAUCUUUUGGUAGCUUGAAAUCUUCAAAAAAAACGUUCAACUCUGGCUGAAAAUAGUAAUCCAGACCGAAUCUAUAUAGCUGUUUUAUUUUAUUCUUGUUUGUUUAGAUUUUUCAAGCGCUUUGAGACUCUUUCUGUAAUGAAAAGCGCUGUAGAAGUUAAAUGAAUUAUUAUUAUUGUCAUGUACAUUGAAGAGAGAGGAGUCUCCUUUGCCUUAAACCUAUGGAAUACAUGCAAUAUUAAUAAUGAUACGUCUCAAUGUUCUAAAAGAAACUAAAUGCAUGAUGUAAACCAGAUCUCCCUUGGAGAAUAUGUUUUAAUCGAUGAAGUCAUGAACCAGACAAUGGCAUGCCCUUGAUUCAAUUAGAAAAUAAAGGGGGUUGCAUGUUUAAAAGGGGAUACAUGUUUCACGAUUGGCACCCAUGUUACAGAGAGGCACAGAUGGGGAAACAUACACUAAACGGCCAAAAGUAUGUGGACACCUGCUCGUCGUACAUCUCAUUACAAACUCGUGGGCAUUAAUAUGGAGUUGGU